CUUUUUUAUUAUAAUUAUUUACCUCAUGUGAUUUUAUUUUACAGUUAUGUAAGAAUGUUUUUAUAUUACUCAUUAGAAUUUUUGAAUGAACAAAUGUAUUGAUUAAUUAUCUUAAAUUCUGUCUGCUUGAAAUUAUGAGAACAUGCCGGCGUGUAACAUGAAACGUGUUUUUUUCUUAGUUCCUAUUAAGAAAUUUUCUCCGUCAUUCAUACAAUUAAACCGUUGCCAUUUUUCUGCAUAUCACAAGUAUCCAUUAAUUAAUAAACAACCACCAUUAAUUCGUGCUAUAAAUCCAGUUCAACAGACAAGUUAUAAAUUUGUACAUACUAGCAAAAAAUUAAAUAAUAAAAAAGACUUCUAUAAUAUCUUGGGUGUUCCAAAAAAUGCCUCACAAAAAGAUAUUAAAAAAGCAUACUAUCAGUUAGCUAAAAAAUUUCAUCCAGACACAAAUAAAGGCGAUCCAAGUGCAAGUAAGAAAUUUCAAGAAGUUUCAGAAGCUUACGAGGUAUUAGGUGAUGAAAAUCGAAGAAAAGAAUAUGAUACCUGGGGUUCAGCAGGAAACAAUAUGGGCGGUUCUGGUGGAAUGGGAGGUGGAAAUUAUCAAAAUUCUUGGAGUUUCCAAUCUAAUGUUGAUGCAGAAGAACUUUUUCGAAAGAUUUUUAACCAAAGUGGCUUUGGUAAUUCUGGAUCAUACCAGGAAGAUUUUGCUGAUUCAACUUUUGGGUUUGGAGCUGCUGAAGAAGUAGUUGUUCGAUUAACAUUUGAACAAGCUGCUCGAGGUAUUAACAAAGAAAUUUCAUUAAAUGUAGUUGAUGUCUGUCCCAAAUGCCGUGGAACACGCUGUGAAUUAGGAUAUAAAGCAACUACAUGCACAAUUUGUAAUGGAACAGGAAUGGAAACAGUAUCAAGAGGUCCCUUUUUGAUGAAAUCAACUUGCAGAGCCUGCCAAGGUACUAGAGUGAUUAUUAAAAAUCCAUGUAUGGAAUGUCAUGGUAAAGGAAGUACUGUACAACGUAAUAAAGUGACAGUUCCUGUACCUGCAGGAAUUGAAGAUGGACAGACUAUUAGAAUUGUAGUAAACAGAAAUGAAGUAUUUGUUACUUUUAAAGUAGAAAAGUCGGAUUACUUUAAGAGAGAUGGUUCAGAUAUUCAUACAGAAGCUAAGAUAUCUAUAUCACAAGCAUUGUUAGGCGGAUCUAUUAGAAUCAGGGGGAUUUAUGAUGAUCAUACUGUACAGAUAUCUCCUGGUACUAGUUCACACACAAAAAUUCGUUUAAAUAAACAAGGCUUAAAAAGAGUAAAUUCUAAUAAUCAUGGAGAUCAUUAUGUGAUUAUUAAAAUAGAAGUACCUAAAUCAUUAUCUAGUAAACAAGAGACCUUGAUUAAAGCUUAUGCAGAAAUUGAAAGUGAUACUCCUGGAACAAUUAGAGGCAUAAAUUACAAAAAAGAUGGACCCCAAGCUGAACAAAACCAAUCAUUCCCAAAUGCUGGUGAAGGAUUGUUAUCAAAAAUAAAGAAAGCAAUAUGGGGGUAGUAAGACAUUUAGUGACAGCUCUGAAGAAUCACAAACCUUAAAUAACUUAAGAAAUAUUCUGGAAAAAAAAUAGAAAGAAGUUGUAUUUGUUAGUUUAUAUAUUAUACUAUAAUACCAUCAUUUUUAGUAUUUUAUUUACUAAACACCCUUUUUUAGUUUUUAUUGUUUUUAUUUUAUAUGCUUGUAUAAUUUAUUUCACUCUAUUCAAUUUGUUAAGUUUUACUAAAAUACAAAACAAUAAUCCUUCAUUUAAAAA